UUAUAGCAAGUUAUCAGAGCAAAACAGUUACCAUAUUCGAAUGAUUAUUUCUCCAAAACAGAGGCGCUGAAGCAGUUCCAUUUGGUCAGUUACUGUAAAUAACAAGUUUUAAGAGGAGCUGGUGGGACGGAAUUUCAGAUAUUAUUAAUAUCCCAGCUAUAAGACAGUUUGGUGUUAGCGCUCGACUAGUGGAGGUGGUUAACAUGGGCCGCUCUCGGAGCCGCAGCUCGUCUCGGUCCAAACACUCCAAAAGCAGUAAGCACAGCAAGAAACGGAGCCGGUCUCGGUCGCGGUCCAGAGACAGGGAGAGGUCAAAGAAACGGUCCAAGUCCCGAGAAUCGAAAAGGAGCCGGCGCAGAGAAUCUCGUUCACGUUCUCGAUCCACUACAACUUCGUCCCGUAGAGACAGAGCAGCUUCGCCGCCGGAGCGCAUCGACAUCUUCGGCAGGACGCUGAGCAAAAGAAAUGCCCUGGACGAGAAGCAGAGGAAGGAGGAGGAGGAAAGAAAGGCAGAGAUGGAAAGACAAAGGAAGAUCCGGCAGCAGGAGAUCGAGGAGAAGUUAAUUGAGGAGGAGACGGCGCGGCGAGUGGAGGAGCUGGUGGCCAAGCGGGUCGAGGAGGAGCUCGAGAAGAGGAAGGACGAGAUCGAGAGGGAGGUGCUGCGACGCGUCGAGGAGGCAAAGCGCAUCAUGGAGCGACAGCUUCUAGAGGAGCUAGAGAGGCAGCGGCAGGCUGAGCUGGCGGCGCAGAAGGCCAGAGAGGAGGAAGAAAAAUCUAAGCGGGAGGAGCUGGAAAAAAUCCUGGAGGAGAAUAACCGCAAGAUCGCCGAGGCUCAGGCCAAGCUGGCUGAAGAGCAGUUGCGAAUUGUGGAGGAGCAGAGAAAGAUUCAUGAGGAACGCAUGAAGCUGGAGCAGGACCGUCAGAAGCAGCAGAAGGAGGAGCAGAAAAUAAUCCUUGGCAAGGGCAAGUCCAGGCCCAAGCUCUCCUUCUCCCUCAAGGCUACUGAAUGACACUGCUCCCCCUUCGUCCACAUGUCAUGCCCUGCCUUCAUCCCCAUCCAGCUCUCCCUCCUCAUCAUCCGACCCCCAUCCUCCUCCUCUGUGGAACGCUCGCUUCGUUUUGGAAGUGCUGAAGGAAGGCCGAGGAAAGGGGUGCAAACCAAACUUGCUCGUCCUCAUGAAGGCCCCUGUCCCUCUCUGGGCUUGAAGAGGAGGCAGCUCUUCGCCCUCAAAGGACCUGACUGCUCCCUCCAUCCUUCCCAUCCCGACCGCACAGAUGACUUGUUUGCUUUUUUUUUCAGUUUUAUUUUCAUUUUUAGGGAACUCGAACUUUUGAUGUAGAAUGCUAUAACAUGUCCCUUGCCCUGUAAGUCUUAACUCUGGUGUAACAGCGAGCAACUGCGCACCUGUGCUCUUCUUACAUGUCUCUGCAGCCAGCAAACUACAAUAGAAUGCCAGUCCCUGAUAUAGAAGAGUAUUGUCUAGUUUGUCUAGUUCAGCUUACUGUAAAAGCUCAUGUGCAGCCUGGGAGUUGGCGUGUGGUUUUCCUGUGUUUUUUUUUUUUUUUUUUUUUUUAUAUAUAAAUAAGAUCCUUAAAGUGGCCCACGCAGUGGUAACAAAUCACAGCACGGCCUUUAAAAGCACAGUGAACUUCCCAUCCAGCUGACAGGUUUGUGUCUUCCACCUUACUUCCUGUGCCCAUACGUUCUGCUCACCAUGAUAAAUCUACAGCUUCAUCUCUGUCUGCUGUGUAUAUUCUUUUUUUAAAUGACAUAGCAGCAUGUUGUCCGGAGAGGAAACGUAAAGCUGUUGUUAGAUUCAGAGUUGCUGCAGUGUGAGUGAACCCAGUCUUGACUCCCAAGCUGCCCAUGACUGAACCACAAACCUUCAACAGGAUACGUGUCUCAUCUAUGAUAAGGGGGCCUGUGGGUAAUGGGGGAGAGAGGACAUUUCCUGUAUGAUGUAAUGUUAUUAGCCUUGCUGUGAUGUGCUGACUCCCACUCCCCACUGCUCCCCAAGUUAAGAUUUUGUUAUGAAAUUGAUCCACACUUGGAAAACAAAAAAUGACAGUCAUGGUAAAUACUUGAGCUUUGUUUUAUCAGACUCUUUGGGAAAAACGGUGAAUUGCACGAAAACUCCCGACCAUAUACUUGAUGUUCUGUCCCUGAGUUUUGUUGUAGUAAAUUAACCAGGCAAUGCGCCGCACUUGGUAAGUCUUGAUUCGUAGUGGAUGGACAAGUUCAGGUAAGAUCAGGUUUGGGGUUGGUGUGAGUGUAAGUGUGUGCGUGUGUGCGUGUUUGUGUGUAAGAGAGAGAGAGAGAGAGAGUGAAUGAGUAUGUGUGUGACUGACUGAGGCUGACCUCAGGUGGGUAUAAUGACUUUUGUUUUGUCGUGGGAUUUUGAAUUUGUCAUGUAAUUUCCCCCCCAAUUGUCAAGGGACUGAACAGUUGAGUAAAUUCAUCGA